AUGGCGCUACUUAUCCCCGAAGACAUCCCUCCUGUUGAAGAAUACGAUCCUGAAGCAGAGGAUCGUGAUGAAUCGUUUGUGGAGAAGCUUGCCCAGGAUUUCACUGAAGAUGUAGAGCCAAUCCUUCACGAUGUGUACCCGGAUAGCGACGACGAGGCUGGAGCACAACGUGGUGGUGAAGAAAGAGGGACUCCCAUAAGCCGUGGAGAUGGGACGAUGUACGUAGGGCAAAAAUUCUUCAAUGGGAUCGCUUUCAAGGAAUGUGUCACCGAUUAUGCAUUGCUAACAUGCUACAAUUUGAAGCAAUACAGGUAUGAUAGGGAUAGACUCGGGUUUAGGUGUGUAGGUGCUAAGGGGAAAUGCGAGUGGAGAGUGUAUUGUGCAUCCUUGUAG